AUGAGCACGGCAGCUGGGGAAGCUCCCGGUAGAGACAAGGAUGAUUCUGAUGCUACCACCCCGGUCGCUACUGAGACUGCGGCUGGCACUACUACGAUCGAUGCUCCUGUCGAGCCUACAACUGCUAUCACGACCCCUCAACCGGUCAGCACAGCUGCUGUGACCGAUGAGAUUGUUGCUACUACUGCAGCCCCUGUGACUGGCGAGGUCACCAUCACGACGGCAGCUGGGGAAGCUCCCGGUAGAGACAAGGAUGAUUCUGAUGCCACCAACCCGGUUGCUACUGAGACUGCGGCUGUCACUACUACGAUCGAUGCUCCUGUUGAGCCUACUACUCCCACGUCCCCUCUACCGGUCAGCACAGCUGCUGUGACCGAUGAGGUUGUUGCUACUACUGUGGAGACGACCGCUUCCGAGACUACUCUCAGUCCGAUUGUGUAG